UUCAGAGUUUAUUAAAAGGCAAUAUGGAGUCGACACAAUGUGUGUCGGUUCACUGGUUGUCGACGGUUGUUCUUCUCUGCUCAUUCCUCUCAACACACACGCUCAAUACUAAGAUUCACGAGCACAUGACACCCGACGAGCUACGAAACGUAUUCCACGUGGAUCAUCACAGUUUAGUUCCACAAUACCAUUUAGUACAUCUAACACACCACUUAUCAAGGCGGCAUAUAACAACAGGUCACGCUGCUAACACUUACUCCCCAAAUUCUAGUAAAAUCCCCCACGAAAAGACUACAAAUGAACGUCCAACGAAGAUAGCAAACCCACCGUCUCUCUUAAACGAUGAGAUGUUCGUUAGAGCAAAACAGUACAUCAAAGAUGUUGAUAUAAUUGGUGACCUCAAUAAUACAGUGAGCGUUGAAUUCGGUGUAACAAAUUCUAGUGAAAUUAGUGAUAGUGAAUUUAGUGGUAGUAAUAGUGAGAAUGGUGAUAAGGAGCAUAUAGUGACAGAUCAAGAAGACGGUGUUCAUAGGAUAGAUUUAGAGGCAUUCGGGAAACAGUUGAGUUUAGUGUUGAAGAAACAAGAGGGUUUAUUUAAGAAAGAUGGACUCAAAGUGUGGAAAGCUUUGACAAACGAGUCGCAACCUCAUGGAGUUGACUACGAGGAGUUGAACUCGGAAGGCGAAGAAGACUUGGGAGAACUAUAUCAAGAUGAAAAGAAUGGUGCCGCACUGCUCAUUAGGAGACAUCCUCAGCACGGAAAGUUAGUGGUGGAAGGCUCUAUUGGUCACGAGCUGGUGAUCAGGCCGGUGCCCGAUUCGAUGACGGCGCCAGCGCAGGAUGACGAGAUGUUCAUGGACCCAGCCAGUUUGUCUGACAUGGUAUCCAUCGAUACUGGGCUACCUCUUCUGAAAAGGGAAAAAGGUGACCAGGACAAAUUGAGACAAGCUUUAAACGGUGCUAAACACGUGAUAAUAAAGCGAGACCCGGCAACGGACGACCACUUAGGUGAUUAUGCUUUCAUGGAACCCGACCACCUUGCCAAGCGGUUCAGGAGAAAACGAUCAACAGACGCACACAGUAGACGGAAGAGGGACGCGCCAUAUGUAAUAUAUCCCGAAAUACUGGUCAUUGUUGAUUACGAUGGCUACAGAUUACACGGAGGUGACAACGUGCAGAUCAAACGAUACUUCGUGUCUUUCUGGAACGGUGUUGACUUGAGAUACAAGUUGUUGAAGGGCCCCAGGAUACGUAUAUCAAUCGCCGGUAUCAUCAUAUCUAGGGGCCGGGAUGCGACACCGUAUCUAGAGAGAAACCGCGUAGGCCGAGAUGCAAUAGACUCGGCUGCUGCGCUCACAGACAUGGGCAAGUAUCUGUUCAGGGAGAGACGACUGCCUGUAUACGAUAUCGCCGUUGCAAUCACCAAGUACGACAUGUGCCGUCGACGGAAGGGUGGUCGCUGUACUAAAGGCACCGCUGGGUUUGCGUACGUCGGUGGUGCGUGUGUGGUGAACAAGAGAUUGGAGAAAGUCAAUUCUGUCGCUAUUAUUGAGGAUACUGGCGGAUUCUCCGGCAUCAUAGUUGCUGCUCACGAAGUUGGACAUUUAUUAGGCGCAGUCCACGACGGUAGUCCUCCACCGUCGUAUUUGGGAGGUCCUGGUGCUGAAAAGUGCAGAUGGGAGGACGGCUUCAUAAUGUCAGACCUCAGGCAUACCGAGAAAGGCUUCAGGUGGUCGCCGUGCAGUGUGCAGAGUUUCCAUCACUUCUUGAAUGGCGACACUGCAACGUGCCUGUACAACUCACCACAUGAGGAUGAUUCGUUACCACGCGUGUUGCCUGGCCGUCUGCUCACUCUAGACGCUCAGUGUCGAAAGGACAGAGGCACCAGCGCUUGUUUCAAGGACGAGCGCGUGUGCGCCCAGCUGUUCUGCUUCGACGCGGCGAGCGGAUACUGCGUCGCGUACAGACCCGCCGCGGAGGGAUCGCCUUGCGGGGAUGGACAGUACUGUAUAAACGGGCGAUGUAUAACAGAACACGAGAAUAUAAUACCUGAUUAUUCACAACACACGCCGAGCUACGUCCGCCCGGAGACGAGUCCGUUCUAUGGAAAUAUUACAAGUUACGAAGCAUCAACACAGCCAUACCAAAAGAAUUUCUACUCAAACUAUUACCAAAAGCCCCCAUCGACCACGCAGUACUACAGCACAACAAGGAAACCGUUCCAAUACUACACGCCAUCGACGCAAUCAACGAGAUACACGUACCCACCAUCAGUAAACAGAUACUCAAUUACCUCAACGCGGAGUCCAUACGACUUCAAAGACUUCAUCACAACCAGAAACAACGAUCCGAACCCAGGAUUGUACAACAAGAACAAUUUCUACACCAGUGGCACCACAAAAAAUCCAUAUUUCGACAAGGGAGUAAAAUCCGUCUUCAAAAUUGGCACUUAUUACUCACAACCACAGAGUUUCAAUUCGAUACGACCGGACGCAAAUUCUCAGCAAGUGCAAAUUGAGCCGGCGAGAUUGGUGUUCUCGUAUCAGAGAAAUUUGACUGCAGGGGAGGUGCCGCAGUAAAAUGAUAUUUAUUGCAGCCGCCACUAAAAAAUAAAGCGGAACGAGCACAAGACUGCCACGCUGGAGCGACUGCCGUGGGCCUGGGCCAUGCAGCCCAAUUGGACCCAUCGGAACAGUUACCACUCCAGCCCUCCAUUUUAUUUACGAAUGAAUAUAGCACACCCGUAUGCACGAAUAUCGUAACAUAACUGAAAUAUCGGUUUUGCAAAUGUAUUCUAAUUAAAAUUUUCUUUUCAUUUUUAACAAGAUUCUAUUUUAAUUUUAAAAUUCCAUUUGUUAUUUCAAAUUUCAAUUGUAAAUAUAAAAUCUUAUUAUCAUUUACUAUUCCAAUUUUAAAAUUUAAUUGUAAUCA